CUUCCUACGACUCAGUCGCUUUCCUCGGCAGCCGCCGCGCCCUCCUAUCCCAUCUCACUUCAGCCCGGACCGUCCGGGACGAAGGCGCGGCCGUGAGCGUCCUGCUCGCGACCUCCGCCAGCGGCGGUGUCAAGCUGCGACGGGCGACCAAGUUCAUCAAGUGCCGCGGCGGCCGCGUAGCCGGCGAACUCCGCGGUCUGACUGUGGCCUUUCAGCACCUCCUCGCCGAUCACGACCAGCCGCCCGAGACCUUCCGCCUCCAGUCCUGUCCAGCCCCUGACAGCCGCCGUCUCCUUGAUGCUCUUAAAGGCACCCUGCACCUGCCACCCGAGAAACCUCUCGCCGGUAAACGCACCUGGGCUGACUCUGCCGUUGACUGGUCCUCAGACGACGACCAACCCGACCUCUCGAUCCACCAACCGACAGACCACAACGCGCUCUACCGCGAGUCGCCCCACACCUCCUUCUCCACCGACAGCUGGGACGGCUUUCUGCACAGUACCCACCAAUUCCGGUACUCGCCAUUGGAAGUAUCCAACGAGUCGCUCACUGACGACCCUCGCGACGGAAGCCAAGCCUGGUCGCGUGAACCUCGAGCCUGGUCGCCGGGAGCUCAAGCCUGGUCACCUAGAGCCCAAGCUUUGUCACCUCGGUUCCGAGAUUUGUCACCUCGCUCCCGAGCUUUGUCACCUCGGCCCCGAGAUUUGUCACCUCGCCCCCGAGCUUUGUCACCUCGCCCCCGAAAUUUGUCUCCGUGGUCUCCAGGCCGGUCGCCUAGACAGCAAGCCUUUGCGCCUUUGUCUCCCUGCUGGUCACUCGACGUCCGGGGUUGGUCGCCACGGCCACCAGCCUUGUCACCCCAGACUCCAUCCGUGACACGUGGGGCUCAAGCCUGGUCGCCUGGACGGCCAGCCUUCUCAGCUCGGCCCCCCUCCUUGUCACUAGGGCAUCCGGCCUGGUCACCUAGAUCCCGAGCCUGGUCACCUGGGUCUGGGGCCUUGUCACCUCCACCUCGACCCUGGUCACCGGGGCCCGAGACCCGGUCGCCUGCGGCUGAAGCCGUCUGGUCGCCUGGACCUGAAGACUUGUCGCCUGGGACCCGUGCCCCAGCCGGCUUGUCCCCUGAGCCGGUGGCGUGGUCCCCUGGGGACCAAGCCUUGUCGCCUGCCUCCUCUGCCAGAGGCGUGUCGCCUCCAACUGUGCUGCCGUUCCCGCCCAUGUCGUUUGAAGAUUCCGGGCCGUUGCCCCACUCCUUCGAAGUCCCCCAGUCCUUCGAAGUCCCCCAGUCCUUCGAAGUCCCCCAGUCCUUCGAAGCCCCCCACUCCUUCGAAGCCCCCCAGUCCUUCGAAAACCCGGCCUCUUUCCACGCGCCCACCUCUUUCGAGGUGCCGACGCACGAGAGCAGGGAGUGUGACUCGUGGCCGGUCGACCCGUGCGUGGCGGAUCCUCUGGCUGGCUUCCAAGCAACUUCUCUGACAGGUAUCGCGAGUCGUGGGGGCACUGUGGAGACGCACGUGGCGCUGUGGGACUUUUACCGGUUGGUGUUACGAGCGCACAUGACGAGUGCGUACCGGCGUCUGUUCGUGUGCUUCGACGAGUUGUUACCCUUGGACGCGUUGUUGGCUGGUUCUCGGAGCCUGAGUAGCGCGUUCUUGCCGCGGCUUCGACGCCGGGGAGUGGGAACGGAGGUGGACGAGGCGCCCUCGGACGGGACGCCUUCGGAGCCGGCUCCCGCAGAGCUUGGGUGGACGGAGACGGCCGUGGUCCCACCACCGCGGCGACAAGAGCUGGACUCCGCGAUGCACUAUGUGCUGGACGCACAGGGCACGUGGCUGCCGCACCAGCUACGACGCCAGAACCCGCGGUGGGCGCAGCGGUACGUUCAGCGCCACUUCGAGGAUCUGCUCCGGCCUGCUGGUGACCGGCCCCAUCCCGCGUUCACACCCCAGUUCGGAGAGGCGCCAGACGCCACGCGCUACGAACAUCGAAGCUACCGUCUGGGUCAGCCCGCGGCAGGAAACGCUGCUUCGGGCGGCACUGGAGUCGGGGUCGUUUCCGAGGGGGGAGUCGUUUCCGAGGGAGGAGUCAUCUCUGAGGGGCGUCUGCCUUCGCGCGAGUCGGUUGCCGGCCUUCCGCUGGCCGUGCACCAGUUCCUGUUGCCCGUCGAGUGCUCCCGACCGGAAGGCGUGCCCAGAUGGGUGGAUCGAGUUCACUGGUGGCGCAUUCUGGCCAACUGUCCCAGUCUCUGGACCUGGAACAUGGCGCGGGCGCCUGGACAAGCGCCAGGAUUCAGAAGCCCUCUGGACCCCUGCAGCAAGAGCGCGCGGCUGUCGAGAUCGCGUUUCCAUUCUCGCGGCUGCGAAUUCGACGACCGCAUUGUAGUCGACGUCCCGCGCUGCAGCCGGCGCGUGCCGAAGCCUAUUUUGCGCUUGUUGAAGCACGGCGGCAGACUGCGCUACCAGCGACGACUGGUCGGUCGCUGCGACUGGUCGUGGGCGGAGAGAGAAGCAGUCUGUCUGGAGGAGGUGCGGCGGUUCCUAGAAAACUGGCGAUACGACCGGCAAGGGCGUGAAAGCUACAAAAUAAGUUACCGCACACGCGUGUGCAACGCUUGUUUUUGCCGGCGCGGCAUCUGUAUUGCGCGCUCGUUCGCCGCCCGACAUGGCCGGCUGGUCUCUGUGGUCCUGUGGCUACUGCGGGACUGGUGGCUGGCUUUGGGAAAGGCUCUUUUACGCUUUGCCACGUUUUGCUUGUUUGCCCCAGUUGAUGCGCCAGAUGAAGCGCUUGACGACACGAGCGGCAGUGGGCUAUUCCGCGGUCCUGGGUCGACGAAUGCUUGGAGUUACUUGGUGUCGAGUCGUUGUAUCUGCGGUGGCUGUCGAUGUAUGUUGGGUACCCCUGAGGGCGCCGAAAGUGGGCGCAGAGAGGGGAGUUUGAGCGGAAACUUUUUCGUGGGCGCGGGCGAUGGUUUUGGACGGCGUAUCGACUUGAGGCAGCAUAAGGUCUCCUCCAUCUGCCUUCUGGGGGUCCUCGGUGGUGACCGCGCACUCCUCCAACCGCAACACCACGACCUCAACGCCUACGUCACCGCCGGCGCCACGCCCCGUCUCGUCACGCCGCGCCUUGACCUCGAGGCCUGGCUCGUGCUCAUGCGCAACCACUUCCUCCGACUAUUCGCCUCCACACCCGGCCUCCGCGACCAAGACCAAGACCACCAACACCAACUACUGCAACGCGCACACCUACAACGCAUCCGGACCAAUUCCGACACCGCCUUCGCAGUCGUCCGCUCACUCGCAGGCGACGAAAUUAGAGCCGACGCGCAGUGGGUAUUCAUCAACCAGUGA